UAAAAAAGAACAUUUAAAAGGCUGCAAAAGAUUCGGUAAGAAGACCCAUUUAAAGCGCACAGGACAUAUCUGCUCACACACACAUCACGAAAAAGGACACACCCCGAGUCCAGCCAUGCUGCAGACACUUCUGAUUUGGGUCGUCUUUGCAAUGUUUCUCCCUCCAACCAACCAGCAAUGCUUCAGGGCCAAUGAGUCUCAGUGUGCCAAUGUGGACUUCGCUCCAGGAUCUGACCUAGCAGGAGAAGGCUUUGACAUCACCACCCUACAACGGAAAGGGGUCUUCGUCAUCGACAUGAGCUCCUGGCUUCAGAAGGACAAGACCUGCACUCUGUGUAAAAACCGCUACAUGGGAGGUCAAAAGCAGAAGCUUCCAGUUUCUGUGGUGGACUGGAGACCAAGCCAGAAGUGCAACAUGAAGUUGUCUAGCUCUGUCUACCAAUCCAGCGAGGCCCUGGUCAGCUCCAGUGCUUCUUCUGUUGAAAAUAACUGGAAGGUAGGCUUGGACAUAUAUACUCCACAGGUCCAGGGGUCAGUCAUGCUGGUAGGCAGUAACUCCAAGCUGGCUGAAUAUUCAAUGCAGAAAACCAAAAAAGACAAGUUCAGCUUCACCAGUCAUGCUGUCUCAUGUAAAUACUACAGAUACAGGGUUUCAACCCGUCCAGUCCUCCACCCAGAGUUGAAUGAUGAAUUCAAAAGUCUCCCUGACAUUUAUGAUGAGACUACAAAGCACAUCUAUCAGAAGCUGAUUGACACAUUUGGUACUCAUUAUAUCACAAAGGUGAAUCUGGGUGGAGAAAUUAACUCUGUGACCAGCAUCAAGGAGUGCCAGGCGUCCCUUCAGGGUCUGACCGUGGACGAGGUCAAAAUGUGUCUGGGUGUGGAAGCUUCAGUCAGUAAGGGACCUGCUUCACUUAAAACAGAGGCACAUCACUGCAAGCAGACCAAGGACAAGAAGCUGAACCAAAAGAGCUUUGCUAGCAGCUUUAAUGACAGGGAAAGCACUGUGAUUGGUGGCCACACUCAGAGUGUUGACCUGCUCUUCUCAUCCAAUACUGACCCGAACGCCUAUAAGGAGUGGGUCUCAUCUCUGCCUGCUCACCCUGACGUGAUCUCCUACUCGCUUGAGCCUCUUCACAACUUGGUGCUGGAGAAGAAAUCAAUCAAGGUGAAUCUGCGCAACGCCAUCAAGGACUACAUCCUACAGAGGGCUCUGCUGAAAAACUGCACAAGCCCAUGCAAGACCGGUGUGAAGACCAACUCUAAGGAACCGUGCAGUUGCAGCUGCCACAACAGCCCAGAUGUGGCCCUCAACUGCUGCCCCACUCAGAAAGGAUUUGCUCAGAUCAUCGUAACCGUGAUCAGAGCCACGGGUUUAUAUGGAGAUUACUGGACUCAGACAGAUGGAUUUGUCAAGAUCCUCCGCGACAAAAAGCACAAGCUUGCCCAGACGUCUAUGAUCACAGAUAACAAUUCACCCUAUUGGAACGAGGAAUUUAAUCUUGGAACUGAGGACAUUACUCACUUCAGAAGUGUGACACUGGAGGUCUGGGAUGAAGACAGCGAUUCAGAUAAUGACCUUCUCGGGUCGUGCAGCGUUCCACUGAAAUCUGGAGUGAAGCAGGAUGUCUGUACACUCAAUCAUGGAGUCCUGUACUAUAAAGUGCAGGUAAAGUGUGUUCAUGGUUUGGCUGGUUCUUCUUGCUCAGAGUACAUGCCCUCUCCUAUGGAUGCACAGCUGGAGAAAGUGUACGUCUCCCGAAACGCUCGCCCGAUACCCAGAAGCAUGCUACUGAAGAUGGGAGUGCUCCUCGAUGAGCGCAUUCCCCGCUUCAACCAGAGCAACAUCCGCAAAGCUGCAGGUUUUGAAUUGUAGACCAACUGUGUAGCUCGUGAACCUACUGCAUGUUCAUAAAAGCUAUCAUAAUGUUUAAAUUAGAGAAACAGAACAGUUGCAAUGUAUACUGAUGCAUUUUUACUAACCCUUUCCUGCUAAUUUUUGCUGCAUUUAGAUUAUUGGAAACUUAUUAAAGUUUCACAAAGUAAAAUCUUGCUAAAAUGUUUAA